AAUGCACCGCGGAGCCGGACUAUCUCUUCUUCGUCAACACAUGGGCGACUUUUUCGUCACUUGCUAAUAUUUUUGCCACAAAAAAACAAACAAAAACAACAUUUUAAGUCCGUGAUAGAUUUCGUAAAAGUAACAAAUGAAAGUUAAAGUCCUUUCAAGAAACCCGGAUGACUAUGUCCGGGAGACCAAACUGGAUAUCCAGCGUGUCCCCAGGAACUAUGACCCGUCCCUUCAUCCGUUCGAGGUGAGCAGAGAGUACAGCCGGGCUCUGAAUGCCACCAAGCUGGAGCGGGUGUUUGCCAAGCCGUUCCUGGCGUCCCUGGAGGGCCACAGGGAUGGGGUGAACUGUAUGGCCAAGCACACCAAGAGUCUCUCCACCCUGCUGUCGGGCUCCUGCGACGGCGAGGUGAAAGUGUGGAAUCUCACCAAGCAUGAAAGCGUCCGGACUCUUCAAGCACAUGAAGGUUUUGUGCGAGGGAUGGUUGUCAGACACUGUGGAAAUUCUUUCUUUACAGUUGGUGAUGACCAAACAAUCAAGCAAUGGAAAAUGGAAGCACCGGGUUAUGGAGAGGAAGAGGAGCCACUUAACACUAUCCUGGGCAAGACGGUGUUCACAGGGCUGGACCAUCACCGAACAGAUGGUGUAUUUGCAACAUGUGGCCAGCAGGUGGACAUCUGGGAUGAGCAGAGAAGCACCCCCAUCCGCUCCUUUACUUGGGGUGUAGACAGCUUCAGCGCCAUCCGCUUCAACCCUGUGGAGACGGAACUUCUUGCAAGCUGUGCCUCUGACAGAAGUAUAGUUUUAUAUGACAUGCGAGACUCGGCACCACUUAAAAAGGUUAUCAUGACAAUGAGGACCAACACUUUAUGCUGGAACCCCAUGGAAGCCUAUUACUUUACAUGUGCAAAUGAAGACUAUAAUCUGUACACAUAUGACAUGAGGUACCUGGAGAAGCCCAUGUUGGUACACAUGGACCACGUGUCUGCAGUUCUAGAUGUGGACUAUUCUCCCACUGGGCAGGAAUUUGUGUCUGCCAGUUUCGACAAGACCAUUCGCAUCUUCCCCAAGGACGGCGGGCACAGCAGGGAGGUCUACCACACCAAGCGCAUGCAGCACGUCAUCUGCGUGAAGUGGUCGGCAGACAGCAAGUACAUCCUGAGCGGUUCUGAUGAAAUGAACAUCCGACUCUGGAAAGCCCAAGCAGCCGAGAAACUGGGAGUGCUGGCUCCCAGGCAGAGACAGGCGGCCAACUACAGUCAGAAGCUGAAGCAGAAGUUCCAGCACCAUCCUCAGAUCCAACGCAUCCACCGUCACCGACAUCUGCCCAAGAACAUCUACCACCAGAGCAAGGAGCUGAGGAUCAUGAAGGAGGCCCGCCGGCAAAAGGAGAUAAAUGUCCGCAAGCACAGCAAACCAGGAACCGUUCCUGCGGUGUGUGAGAAGGAAAAGCACGUUGUCACGGUGGUGAAAUAAAGCAGCUGGAGGAGGAAACGGGGCCGGCGGAGGGGGAGGACUGCGUGGAAUAAGUGGAGAGUUGUUCACACUGCUCUGUCCUGAGGAUCGAUACGUUUCUUGGACGGACAAGGGACGAGUUGAGCAUUGUUUGAAUUACAAACAUGUAAAUACACACAGGAUAAACCUACUUCCUUUAACGCCACUUGGCUUAAGGAUCAGUUGUGUUUCUUCACCUGGAUAUUGCUAAACUUCACAGUCCACCGUUUUGAAGCUGUUACUUCAGAAUUUGGUCCGGCAUCAAAAUACUGAUCACUCAUUUUUUACUUUGUGUUACAUUUACUGUAUAAAAACACAAACCUUUUAUAAUCUAUGAAGUUUAAGGAAUUAAAGGAUAUUGAUCUCAUCAAAAGUUGCUCCUUGACUCUGUUUCCCUGCAUCAUUCCUAACAACCUGUGUUCCUGGUACGUUUUAGUCCACGAAUGACAGAGACAGGUGUUUAUGAAACUAGUCUCAAUAGAGCUAAGCUUUUCUGUCUCUUACUGGUCUUAAUAUUCUCAAAGUAAUACAUCAAACAUUGUAAAACCGUUAAAUAUCUUAUGUGUGAUUUAACGCAGAGCUGGGUAAAUAGUCUGAAAACCCUGUUUUGACUUGGAAAUGAUUAUCUCUUCACAACCAGACUCGGUGCAAGUGAUUUUCCUGUUUUGUGUUUAAGAGCGUUGCAGUUAAGGAUGCUUGUGGUUUUCAAAAGAAAAAUGUUGUGAAAAGUGUGAAAGGACUCAUCAAAUAAAGAGUUAAUUGUGAAACAUACCUUAUGUUUU